UAGGAAUAAAAAUAAUUGAAAAUGACAGAAAACUUACAAAUGUGGCGUGACCAAAACACAGGAAAAACUUACUUAAUUGACAACAAUAGUGGCAAAAAGAAGAGCGUGCUUGGAAAUGGACAAAUUGCAAAAUAAAUAUAUUCCUGGCGUCACUGGCUGAAGUAGUGCUCGUAUGCGCCAACAAGUAUUUAAUAUUAACAAAAAAGGCAUGAAAAGUUUCGGAAUUACUAUGAAUAAUUUCCUGUCACCCGAUAAAGGUUUUAAAGGAUUCUCUCAAUUUACUAAAUCUGCUGUUAAACCUUCUAUUAAGAAAUGAGAACUGUUCAAAAUGACUGGAAUAGCUAAACCAAAAGGGUUGAUGAAUACUAAAUUUUUGAGCAAUAAGAAUAACAAAAUGCUAAGACAAUUACAGAUGUAUAAAACAAGUAGAGCAGGGACUGCAUUCCUCACUACAAGGAGGUCUCAGAGUCAGGUUACUUACAAAUUGUCUAAGGAUAAUACGAAUAGUAAAUUAAUCAAAUCCGAUAUGACUAGUAAUUCUCCGACUCCAAUAAAAGCAAAAAGACCAGUCAUUGGGAAAGCUAUAAACUUAAGAGAAGCCAUCUCAAAAGCUAGCGAAAAAGUUAACGGGAGAAUGUUAAAUAAGCCUAUGAGCAACACAAUGAAUGGCUUUGGAAAUUCAAAAGCAAGAAAUUGCUUUUCCAGAGCUGAGAACUUUCGACGGAGCAAAAUGAGUCUUACAAGUUAUGGCAGCAAUCUCAAAAGUCCUCCGAGAGCAACUACAUCACAUAAUAUGUACACCUCUCAGCCAAUGCCAAAUAUGAGCCAACUUCGAGUACAGACUGCUGAUUCUUCAAAGGUUAUAUUUACACCUUUAAAAGGAAAAAGGACUGUUGCUAAAAGUACCAAAUUUUCUCCUAAAAAGAUAAAGCCGUUCCUGCAAUAUUCGCUUCAGAAGUUAAGAGUGGCAUCCAAAACUUCUUUAAAAAAUCCAGUAGAGGUAGCCCACAGUGAAAAUCCUAAAACACCUGUAAAGAUCUCCAAAAAGCUGAAGAAAGAUAAAGAAGAAGUUCGAGGAGAAUCACCUAAAAACCAUGAUGAAGAAGCUAUCUUACUCGAAAAAUUAUCAGAAUCUAGCAGUUCCUCGGUGCAGUUUAAUGUUAAUGAUCUUGACCAACAGGAAAGAGAAGCUAACAUGUUUGCUGAUCCUCCAAAAACAAGACAGAAAAAUAGAGUAAGGCCAAGAUUAAUUUUUGACAAUGCCACAGUAAAAACAACAACAGGGCAGUUUGUCUGAGACAAACUCUGGAAAGCAUGAUCAAACCCCGAGUUUCACCAGCAAGAAAAAGAAUAUAAUAAGAAGGACCGAAUAUUACUGGAGAAACGAAGGACUGGUCGUCUUCUAAAGAAUAUGGCAUUAGAAGCUGAGCUUGAGAUUGUAAAUAAACGGAUAGAAAAGGAAUCCAAAAGGAUGCUGUACUACAACCCAUACAGCCACUAGACCAUAUUAACUAUAAAAUUUUACUCCAAACCAAGCUGUGAACCGCCAUAAACAUCUUAAUUCAACU